GUGUUGGAUGUGCUAAUGUUUUCGUCAGGAUGUGGUGUGUUCGGUGCCAGGUGCAGGACCGGAAGUGGUAGAUCUCCCAGCAAGACAGACUAUAUAAAGGUAGGGCCGGACAGCGGCGGAGCCUCUGCAAUUCAGCAUCACUGGAGAAGGGCUCGGUCGGUUUCGAAGCUGUCGGACGUCCAGAGGCUCUUUCUGCGGAGAUUUAACGCUCACAAACUACAGACACGAGAUGUCAGCCCUCCCCCUGAACACUCAGUGGAGGAGGAGGAGGAAAUACUGGAGGACCCUCGUGGGAGCCCAAAGGUGGGCUCACCCGGUGGGUCACUGCAGCUCAGCCUGGAGGUCUCCACCACCUAUCAUGGCUAUGAAACCUACAUAGAAGAUGGCCUCAUCUGCCUCAAACACAAAAUCCGCAACUUGGAGAAAAAAAAGCUGAAAUUGAGAGACUACAAGAAGAGGCUGAACCAAGGCGAAGUGCUAAACAAAGAUCAGAUGGUGGCUGUGGAAAAGUACGAUGAAGUGGUACAUAACCUGGAAUUUGCCCGGGAGCUGCACAAAACCCUUGAUGGAUUGACUCAGAAUCUGCUGAGGGCCCAGAAGAAGGUGGUGAAGAAGGAGCAGGUGUUGAAGGUGGAGACCGAGAGAAGGCGUCUGACCACAGUGCUCCAGGUGCAGCACCUCCUCACCUGCCUUCAGCAGGAUCACAUCAGGAGAGACCUGCUGGCUGGACGCAACAAGGCGCCUCACAUCCCAGCCCAGCGUCUGCAAAGCCUCAGCCAGCUUGCUGCCCUGCUGGGAGUCAAGAGGGAUAACAGACUGAGCUUAGAGAAGCAGAUGGAGCAGGCAUCUCUGGUCUACUUGGACCUGCUUGAGGGGAAAGACAAGCCAGUGGCUGGAUCCACAUUUAAGUUGUUGAAAGAGGAGCUCACCAUGUUGUUGAACUGCAAGUUCUUCAGUUGUCUUCCAUCUCCUCCAAGCAAGACUCCUGAGGGGUUACUGAGCUCCACCAGCCACAACACUGUAUUAAAGUCAAAGCCAAAUCAAGUUUCCAAGGAGUUUCUCAACAGACUGUACCUGACUGACAUGGAGACUCCUCUCACUCAAAGCUGGAACGAGGAUUUCCAGGCUUUGAGGCACCGAGAGCCACCUGACUGCUGGGACAUGGAGAGCCCGGACAGACCCUCAUCAUUGCAAACUGCAGUCCACAAGCCAUGGAAAGGAGCUGCCACUUUCAUCCCCAAAGUUGUCCCAGUCACCUCUAAGAAACAGUCUGCUGACUGCAAACAGAGAAAAGAGAGGAAAGCCAAAGGGGAGCAAAAUGCCAAUUUGGCAGUUCACAUGGAUAUGCCUGUGGAGAUUUUCAGCUCCCCAUCUGCCUUUCCCAAGGAUCCCAUUCUGAGGAAGCAGCACCUUGAGGACCUCAUGACGAAGAUCCACGGCUCAUUCACUUUCAUGCAGGACUCUCUUCUAGAUGGUGAAAGCUCUCCAACUAAUGGCCACCCCAGACUGAAGAGAAGGCCAUCUGGAUCUCCCUCUCCUCUGGCGCAGACUGAUUUGAGAAGCCCUUCUGAUGUCCUGCCCAAAACAAUGCAUUCCACACCACUGCCUGCCAGACUUAUGGAAUGCAAAGCAAGUCUAAACAAUAGUGAUCAGAGCCUGGAGACCUGUGACCAGGAGCUUUCCUCAAAGGACCUACCUGAUUUUCUGCAGGAACCACUACAGUUAGCCGAAAGAAAGACGUUUCCCUCACCACCUCUAUACCGCAGGGAGUCAACCAUCUCUGUCAGCCUGGAGGAGAAUAGUCCUCGGACACCAGUAAAUGAUUCAGGGAAGCGGUCCCCCUCUAAUGGGUUGGCAUCAUGCACCUCUACCCCACCUCAGGGACAGAGUUUCUCUACACCUCCAACCAGGCAAACUCUCACCUCCACACAGUUUCAGAACAUCCAGACAGUCUUCAAGGCGACUGCCUCGUUACCUCAUAAUGGGGAACCAAACUACAAACCAGACACUGCAGCUUUUUCUGAGCCUAUGUACAGCACUGCCAGUACCCAAACACCACCUGAGUUUGCUCCUGCAGAAGAUGAACUGCGGUCCGUGUACCAGUCAGAUUACACAUUGGGUAAUAGUGGACAGAUCUUCCUGUCCCCUGGCCAAUCAGGUGGAAGUGGGAGUCGACCCAGCCAGUCAUACAACACCAGAGGAGCUGUCAGAGGUAUGGCACGUGGUGGAAGGGGACUGGCACAAAUCUUUCGAUCUUCUGGUUGGCACCGAGGAGGAUCUUGCAUCCCCCAGGCUCAUCUCAGGGACUCUGGCCCUCUACCUUAUUCUUCUCGAGACUCAGGACACCAACACAGCUACAGGCGUGGAGGAGGGAGACAUAACUCCAGUGCAGCCUGGAGCAACUGUGCCCAGGUGAGCAGUCCAGACCAGGAUGGAACCUGCACAUUAGUGGACUCGGGUCAAGGAGAUUCGCUGUCAGUCUCCACCAUGGAGGUUCCACUCACUCCCCAUGGCCACCACCACCCAACCCUGCUGCCAAUGCAACUCUACUCAGCCCCCCAUUCUCUGCGAGUGGCCUUCACCGCCUCUCGCACUGCCAACUUCGCUCCCGGCAACCUUGAUCAGCCCAUUGUGUUUGACCAGCUGCAUAGCAACCUAGGGGAGAUGUACGACAUCCACAUUGGCCGCUUCACCUGCCCUAUAAAUGGAACCUACGUCUUCAUCUUCCACAUUCUGAAGCUCGCCGUCAACGUGCCGCUCUACAUUAACCUCAUGCGCAACGAGGAGGUGAUGGUGUCGGCGUAUGCCAACGAUGGAGCCCCAGAUCACGAGACAGCCAGCAAUCAUGCAAUCCUGCCUCUCUUCCAGGGAGACCAGGUGUGGCUCAGGCUGCACCGUGGUGCCAUCUAUGGCAGCACUUGGAAGUACAGCACCUUCUCUGGCUUUCUGCUAUACCAGGACUGAACUGCUGCUACCACCAAACAGCCCCUUGCUCCCAGUGUAUGGACUGUUUGCUUUGCACUAAAUGGUGAUGAAUCUGACAUUUCAAAAUUGUGGUCCAGCUUUAUUCACCAUGAAGCCCAUUCAUAACAUGAGUGUGUCUAUGGCCAAAUGGUGUGAUCUAUACUCAUAGCCAUUAUCUACAUUUGAAAUGGGUGUCAUGACUAUUUGACAAAAAACUGAAAUACUAGAUUCCCCUCCUGUGUGUGAUUCACAAUAUCGGUCCUGACUGUGACUAUCGUACUCGUACAAGUGGGCCUUGAAGUCAUGUUCUCUUGCUGUAAAGCUUUCUGUAGCACAUCGCACAUUCAGCUCACAGGUCUGAUUUCAGUGUGAACUCUGAUGCAAUGUUAUCAAUAUGUGCCUUUAUUUUCUGAAUGGCUUUUGGAUGUGAAUGAAUGGCUGACCUAUCAGGUGAAUUAUAACUAACUCUAUUAGCAGGACUUUGCUUGACGUUUGGCUCCUAUGCAUUCAACUGAGAUGGAAAGAUUGCGUUCUUGGUGGUGGGUAUGUUGUCGAACACUUUAUGCCAAACUGUUGCACUAACGGACUACUGUGGAGUGAUGGAAGUGGUCACUUGUGACUAAAUAAAAGAUGAGCAGUGAA